GCAUCAUCGCAGGGUCCAAAUGACUACCUCAGGGAAUGGAAACACAGGACCGAGGAUUACCUGGAUAUGUUCAUGGCAAGGGAGGCUCCUCAUUCAGACAGGGUGUGUUCGUUGUGCGACCGAGAUGGAGCUUAUAGGUGUCACAACUGUUUUUCAGAGCCGAUCUUCUGCAGUGAGUGCUGCCGAACACAGCAUGUCCGACUGCCAUUCCAUAAGAUUAGUCAGUGGAACAGAGACUUCUUCGAGGAGAGCUCAUUGACGAAAUUGGGCAUGGAGUACCACCUCAGCCAUAGGGGACUCCCAUGCCCGAGGAACACGGGAGGACCUGAAGAGAUCCGUCGGGAGGAAAAGGAUGUAUUUGACAAUGAUUCGGUGGAUAUGCCAGCCAUUGAGGAAUUUACUGACGAUGAGGACUCCUCUCCAACCGAUGGUACUUCAGGACACAAGGGAAUGCCCGUUGUCGGGUGCAUCGUGCGGGUAACAGUGGUUGAUAUCACGGGCAUACAUUAUCUCAUAAUCCAUUUCUGCCAAUGCACCGAUGCUCCCAAUGCGGAGAAACAGUUGUUUCAAAUGGGUUUGUUCCCGGCCUCUUUCACCCGGCCUAGGACCGCAUUCACAUUUGCCUUGCUGAAUGAUUUUGCGCUUGACAAUGUAGAGUCCGGCACUUCUGCUAUGAACUAUUACAAUAAAUUGCGGUGGAGAAUGUCCAGCAUCUUCCCUCACCUAGUACCGGAUAGAUACAGGGAAUUGAUGGGAGUGGCAAGGCAAUGGUGGCAGCUGAAGCUUCUCAGAUGGAAUGGUUUUGCUCACGGAAGAACACAUCCCAAACCGGGCGAGCUGGGUCUCUUCUGCCUGACAUGCCCACAACCCAGAAUCAAUGUCGCGCUGCCAACCAAAUACAACGAAAUGAAGCCGAGAUGGCUGUAUGGCCACUCGUUGGUCAUGGACGGAAAUUUCAAAGCCGAGCAUCUCCACCCGACCAAUCCAGACGAUGAAGUAUGGCUCAUGGACGGCCUUGGGUUCAUGGUCGGUAGGAAAAGGUACAAGGCUCACUUGGCCGUAGCAAUGGAUUCAAUGCAAAGGUCCGAGUGCAACAACCACCGGGCAGUGAAUCAGGCCAAUGCAUUUCGGCACAAAUUGGAAGCUACAGGCAUCGGUGGGUGUGCCUGUGCCAGACACGGAUGCUUUGUCCCUCAUUCCAUGGUGGAUUUUCAGAAGGGCGAGAGGCAAAUGAACAUGGACUACGCGCUUUGCAACGUUCUCAGUUACAACACUCAAGGAUUGGAAACUGCUUUGACGUUUUACGAUGUGAAUUGCCAGUACAACAAAUAUCUAUUGCAUCGGACCGAGGACAGCCCAUAUUUGGCAAUCCCAUUUGGAAUGGAGGUCAUCCCGGGAAUUGGUCUUUGGCAUGUGCACGGUCACCAGGACCAGUGCUACGUGAGGUACGCUUCGAAUUUUAUCACGGGAGUGGCAAGAAUUGAUGGGGAGAUCAUGGAGACGCUGUGGGCACCUCUCAACAUCAUAUCUCCUUCCUGCCGAGGUAUGUCCACUCCUCAUCGGCAGGAGUGUCUUGACUACCAGAUGAAUGACUGCAAUUUCAUGAAGAUGAUCAGAAUGAGCAUAUUCCUUUGUAGGAAAUACAAAGAAGCCAAGCAAGGUGCUGCCGAGAGCAGCGAAGCCUUUGAAAAAUUGAAUGAGAGCGCUGAUCCCGACAUGGUGACAGAAUGGCAAGAGCAAGAAACAGCUGCUAAUGCAUCUCGGGCGGAAGACCCGUCAUCCAUGGAUAUAUAUGAGGUUCACUUGGAAAAGGGUAUGUAUCGUGGCAGACGUAAUUAG